UGCCGUUCGCGAUACAUGCAUGUGGCUGUUUUGGCAAUCGUUAACAUGCCACGCGACUCGCGAUGUCGAUUCUACCGCGUGAAUAUUUAUGACGUGAUCAGAUUUGUAAAAUUAUAAAUGGCACCAAACUCAAUGUCUCACCGCAUUUCGGAUACGAUAAAAUGGUAAUAAAAAAAACUUUUGUGAAUAGACUUCCUCGAAAUAUUUAUAAUUUUUUAGUGUAUGUGCUUCUUUACUAUUAUGCAGUGCAAAGUAGCACCGCAAGCGAUAUGCCGCAUGAGUGCGCCUACAGAACGUCUCAAUCGGAGUCAUCAGAAGAUACAGUAUUAUUUUGCAAAAUCAGAACAAUAAGUAGUUUAGAUAAUCUACUACAGAACAUCAGCCGAACACACUUUGACGAUGUAAUUUCCUUGCAUGUCCAAUGCAGUGAAAUUCUGUUCUUUGAGAGUACACUUGCAGCUCAGACACAAGAGACCUCACGAAAACUUUCAAAUCUAGGCAAGCUCAAAGACCUUGUCAUUGAUAAAUGCAAGAUACGGCAGAUUCCACCUCGGGCCUUUGAAAAUUUCAAAGAUCUUAAAUCUCUCCACGUGACAACGCAUAAUAGUGAAUGGUCUGCAAUGACUAUGGACUUACAUGAACUCGCUUUCAUGGGUUUAAGUGAGUUAAUUGAAUUAGAUUUAAGUGACAAUAACAUUUGGAGUACGAAAACUGAUACUUUCUGUUCAUUGUAUAGUUUAAAAAAAUUAAAUAUAACAAAUAAUCAUUUACAAAAUAUUAAGACAAUAGGUUUUGCUGAUUCCUCACGAGAGCAAAAUUUAAGUGUGAAAAGCUGUAAUUUAGCUUUAGAAGUUCUUGAUAUGUCGUACAAUGAUUUAAUAGUUAUCACAGAAAAUAGUUUAUCAAAGCUACGGUCUUUGACGAAAUUGUUUUUGCAAAAUAAUGCAAUAUCCACUCUCGAAGACGGUGCUUUUGAAGGUCUUAUUAGUUUGCAAAUAUUGAAUCUAUCGAGUAAUUUUAUCAACAAUAUACCACAGGAUAUUUUUUCUGACACAAAAUUUUUAAAAGAAAUAUUUUUGAGUAAUAAUACUAUAAAAGUUUUACCGCCGGGACUAUUCCGCGGAUUAGACCAACUUCAAAUAUUUGAUUUUUCCCACAACGAAUUGACUAGUCAGUGGAUAAAUAAGGAGACAUUUAUAGGUUUAGUUCGAAUGGUAAUAUUAAAUAUUUCGUAUAACAAACUAACUAGAAUUGAUCGCUAUAUGUUUCAAGACCUGUAUAGUUUACAAAAGUUAAAUUUAGAAUAUAAUGACAUUACAUCCAUCGAAGAACGUGCUUUUGAAGAAUUAAGAAAUUUGCACUCUCUUACUCUUUCAAAUAAUAAAAUAACACAUAUUCACACCCAUAUAUUUUCCGAGUUACACGUAUUGCACGAGUUAUUUUUAGAUAAUAAUCAAAUCAAGCAUAUUGAUGAGAACGCAUUUGACAAUAUGACUACAAUAGAAGACCUUAGUUUGAAUGACAAUGCCUUAUCAUCAAUACCUCUUUCGAUUCGCAAAUUACGAUCCCUAAGAUCGUUGGACAUAGGAAAUAAUAAUAUAACCCAUUUGAGUCGGGAAAACUUUCGCGGUCUUUCGGAACUUUUUGGUUUGCGUCUUGUAGAUAAUAAAGUUACCUAUUUAAAUGAGAACACUUUUGAACAUUUGCCUCAGUUACAGGUUCUUAACUUAGCUUCUAAUAAAAUAAAACUUGUCGCUGCUGGAUGUUUUCGUAAAAACGUGAAUUUGAAGUUAUUACGUAUGGAUGGAAAUGAAAUAACAAACUUUGACGGAAUAUUUUCUUCGUUAAAUAGUUUAGUAUGGCUAAAUAUGUCUGCUAAUAAAAUUUCUACUUUCGACUUUGAAAGUUUCCCUAAAUCCUUGGAAUGGUUAGAUCUACAUAUGAAUUAUAUAAAUAACGUUUAUAACAAGGACAUAAACACAAAAUUGAAUAUUAAAUUGCUGGACUUAAGCUAUAAUAAUAUAUCGCAAUUGAUUGUGACUUCUUUACCUACUUCGAUUGAAAAAUUAUACUUGAAUAAUAAUAACAUUGCGUACAUACAAGUCGGAACCUUUUCUAAAUUGAAAAGAUUGUCUACCGUUUCAUUAAAUAAUAAUAAAAUAGUACAACUUGACAUGAAUGCUUUAAGGCUAGAUCAGAUAAAUGAAGAUAGUGACUUGCCUGAAUUUUUCAUAAGCGGAAAUCCUUUUGUUUGUGACUGUUCAAUGGAAUGGAUUCAACGGAUCAAUUAUUUAAGUCAUAGUCGACAAUACCCGCGUGUGUUAGACCUUGAUAAAACGUUCUGUACUUUGGUUCAUUCGCGAGCUAAAGAAAAAAAAAUGAUUAUAGAUAUGUCCCCUUCCGAUUUUCUAUGCCCAUAUGAAAGCCAUUGCUUUGCUCUUUGUCACUGUUGUGAUUUCUUUGCUUGUGAUUGUGAAAUGAUUUGUCCAAAUAACUGUAAAUGUUAUCAUGAUAUAACGUGGAACGCUAAUGUUGUUGAUUGUUCGAAUGCUGGUUACACACAAGUGCCAGAUAGAAUACCUAUGGAUGCAACUGAAAUAUAUUUAGAUGGCAAUGACAUAAGCAAUUUGGGAAAUCACAUUUUUAUUGGCAAAAAGAAGUUGCAAGUAUUAUAUUUAAAUAAUACAAAAUUGAAAGAAGUUAAUAAUCAAACAUUUAAGGGAGUAGAUUCGCUGAGGGUACUGCAUUUAGAAAACAAUAAAUUAGUAGAACUUAAAGGGGAUGAAUUUUUGCAUCUGAAUAAUCUUAACGAAUUGUACUUGGACCAUAAUGCCAUAGUACACGUAGCAAAUAAUACUUUUUCUUCAUUAAAAUCUUUAUCAGUCCUUCGAAUUGACGAUAAUAAACUUGUUAACUUCUUUCCAUGGAAAUUGCUAGCUUCGUCUUCAAAAAGUUUAGCCCAUGUUUCAAUAGAGGGUAAUCAAUAUUCUUGUGAUUGUAAAAGUAUUGCUGAGUUAGAUACUUGGUUAAGAAAGGACCCUGGAGAUCCAGAAAAAAUGUUAUGUACUGAUAACAAAGGAAAGCCAACGAAAAUCACAAUUGCAUCUCUCUUAAGUCACUGCAAAGAAUAUCUUGGUUCUAUAAAUGAUCCGACUGUCUCCAAAAACGAAAUCGUUUCUAAGUCAUUGUUUUUACCUGACAAUUAUUUCGCUAUUGUGUGCGGUUCUAUUAUAAUUAUAGUAGUUAUUUGUCUUAUAGGUGCUGUAUUUUACGCUUUUAGAUUUGAAGUUAGUGAUUGGUUGUACACAAAUUUUGGCAUUCCUUUAUUUAAAGAACAGUCAUGUCCUAAUGUUGAACAUGUAAUAGAUGGAAAUCCAAAUCACAUGCAUGACUACUAUGUGAUAUGCAAUACCAAAGAUACUCAAUUCAUUUACAACAAUAUAUUGUCUGAAAUAGAAUUUAGGAAGAUGUCAGCUAAAAAACUGACCAUAAAUGAAUCCACACUGAACAUUUUGACUUUAGAUAGUUUUUCGAAAUCUUCAAAAUUAUCUAAACGUUUACUAAUUGUUUUAACAACGAAUUUUAUUUGUAACGAUCUAUGUGAUUUUCACUUCAAAAAUAUGUUUUAUAGUUUUUUAAAAUCAUUAAAUAGGAGUGAUUUAAAUAAAGUAUUAUUCAUCAAAAUAGUUGAUAAUAACCAAAUAAAUGAUGAGCUCUGUUUUGUACUAGAUAAGUUUAAAAAUUUAUCGUGGAAUGACCCCCGGUUCUGGGAUAGAUUUGUCACCCUUCUUAAUUCUACUGAUACUAUUAUCACAGUAAAGAGCUCUGGAAGAAGUGUAUUCAAGAAAUCCUUGCGGCAAACGCCAACAUUAAGAUAUACUACGAUGCCAGUUACAAAUGAUAGUUGCACAUUGCAGAAUUUUUCAAAUUCUUUGCAGUAUUGUAAAAGAAAUGAUGGGGCAACAUCACAGAAUGAAAGUUCUCCCUCCUCCGACAACACGUAUGGGGAAGGGAAUAAUUCGAACAAUAGUUACAUGUCGAUUGAUAAUAGGACAUGUCCCCGGUUUAAUUAUGACCUAAGGCUCUCCCCGAGUAGUGGUCAUGUCUAUUCCAGAGUGGAGGAUAUAUCUCCAACCGUACCUCGAUCAAAUACGAAUACCGUAGCUAAAGGUCGCACUUACUUUGUAUAAUAUAUAUCGGAUUAAAAUACUUGCAUUUAAAUUGUUCCUUUAAAUUCCUCGCUUACAUUUACUAGCACAUUUGGAUUAUAAAUCACAAUUAAUUUGUAUAAAAUUCUCUUAUGAAAGUAAAUUUGGUCAAUUGCACAUACGUAAAAUGACCUUUAUAUAAAUUAUAUUACGUAAUUAUCGAUGAAAUAAAUAUUUUGUACAAAGUUGAUGUGAAAAUGUUAAGUCUGAACAAAGCAUUUUUCAAUAUUAUAUGUACCUAUUUAUAAAUAUUAUUAGUGUGAAAUAUUUUCACAUUGCAGUCACUGUAAACCAACACCAAAUAGUGUAAGACAAUGUUUGUAAAUUCAUAUUUACAAUUAUUUAUAUGUAAAUGCUUUUAUGAUAAAAUAAAGGCUCAUUGUUUUUAGUCAUUGUACUUCAUAUGUGAUAAGUUUUUUAUUUAAGUAUUUUUUUCUUGAAUUAUAUAAAUACUUGUUUCUUUUUUCAUAUAUGUAUAAAUUAUUGUUUGUGUAUACUGACACUUUAUCAAUGUAAUAUUAGCAUAUAUAUUUUAGGCUUUAUUGUAAAUGUAUAAUAAAAACUAUGUUUUUGAUGUUAUCCUUUAGAAUUAUUGCUUAAAUCUUAUAUUAUAACUAAGCUAAAUCGUGAUAUUAGAUUUAAUAAUUAUGAAUUUGCAAAUAAAUGUAAUUUUUGAAUUGUAAUUAAUUAUUAGUCUUAAUAAAAAUUAUGGUUUUGUAUAAAAUGUACAAAGAUAUCUUGGAGCCAUAAUAAAAUUAUACUGACGUUUUGAUACUCA